UGAAAAAAAACAAGAGCCAAACAACAAAUUAAAGCCAUCGAGUAAAGCAAAGCGAAUUCUAGAAUAUAAGAAUCUAGCUCUAUUAUUAUUCUAGCUUGGUCAUUACGUACCAGAGAAAAAAGGAAAAACUUUAUAAGGUGCUUGUAAUUUAUUAGCUCAAGUUGAAAAUCUUUCAAUUUUUUUCAACUUUUGUGAUCUUGAAAGGAGCCAUGGCAGAAGAAUUUCAACUAGGUAGAGGAAACUGGUGGGAGUCGUCAUCAUCAUCAUCAACAUCAUCGUCUAGGAAUAAUAAGUUUGAAAGUGGAAUAUUAUCAUCUACUACUAUGCCUUCAGUAUCCACCGCACUAAAUAGCAUGGCAAACAACUUUGGUUGUUGGCAGACAGAAUUUGAGGAUAUUAAAGCUAAAUCCUCCUUGAAUCCCAUGUCUGUGUCGGGGUCUGAUAAUAGCUCUAUGGUUUUUCCGGCUGAUUCCCAGAAACUUCACGCCUCUGAAUCUUCCGUCGGAGGAGGCGUUUUAUCUGGUGGUCCAAAUUUGCAAAUCGUGGGCUUAGGUCUAUCAUCCCAAGGACUUGAUUGGAACCAACCUUUCUUCCGAGGUGACAAAGCUGGGAGUGGUUUUCGUUCCAUACUUGAAGAAGGCUUGAGCUCGGAUCCAAAUUAUCAGCAAGAAGGAUCGAGUCAGCAAGAUCAUCAUUGGACGCAGAAAAUAUAUCCUGGGAAUUCUGAUGGUUCUUCAGUGAAUGACUAUAAUAAUAAACAAAUGGACCGGGGUAUUUCUUUAGACCAUCAACCAGUAUUUAAUGCUCCAAAUAUGAGCUCGAAUCUUGAUAACGCACCAUAUGGAAGUCCUUCAAAUAUGUUACAAGGACUCUUAAUAUCUGAUAGUCAGCAAGAAUCCAACUUUACAAGUGCUAGAUCGCUAUAUUAUCCUCCCUAUAACCCAUCGAAUUGUGACGUCAAUCCUGCAGCAGCUGAUGUAAUGCCUACUUCAUCAUCUUCUUCUUCUUGGUCUAAAUUUCCGAAACAGCAGUGGCCGCUGCCGCCGCCUCACGGCCAGUCGCAUUUCUCGGGCACUCCUUUCUGGAAUGCCACGUCAGCUGCCAUGGAAGAUGUUCGCUCAGGUUUCCUCCCAUCUAUACAUCAGCAGCUGCCCAACCCAACAGUUGAUAUGAAACCUAAGCAUACAGCUGAAGUUAGGAAUAUAAGAACAAUAGCAAAGAAAAGUAGCAGUGAAACGUCAAAUAAGAGACCACGGAAUGAAACGCCAUCUCAAAUGCCAGCUUUUAAGGUGAGGAAAGAAAAGAUGGGAGACAGAAUCACUACCCUUCAACAAUUAGUCUCACCUUUUGGAAAGACUGAUACAGCUUCUGUGCUCUCCGAAGCGAUUGAAUACAUAAAAUUCCUCCAUGAGCAAGUCAAUGUCUUAAGCACCCCAUACAUGAAAAGUGGAGCUUCCAUGCAGCAGCAUCAGCAGACUAGUGAUAAAUCCAAUGUUAAUCCAGAAGUAGCAAAGCAAGAUCUUAGAGGUCGAGGAUUAUGUUUGGUCCCAGUUUCUAGCACCUUUCCCGUAACUCAUGAAACAACAGUAGAUUUUUGGACACCAACAUUUGGAGGAACAUUCAGAUAAUGAAGAGGCCCGGACAAGAAGGCAACAACAGAUAAAUUAAUCACACAAAGAGUUGAUUUUAAGUUAUAUACACCGGUAGUCUAAGAAAAUUUUACAUCAGGUCAUCUUUACUUAUUAUAGCAGGUAAUCUGUUUGUAAAAAAAAAACUAUUGACUGACGGUGUAUAUGACGUAAACUCAAGCACAGAUUGUAUAUAUGUUCCACUGGUCAUCCCUAGGAUCUUAUCAAAACCCUAGACAAGUGGGGGAUGAGAAUGAAAAGGAGGGCCAAAAAGAAGAAAAAAAGCAGCAGCAAUGGGGCGAUAUAUUUGACAGUACUAGCAUUCCAGGUCCAGGCAUAUGAUGAUGAUGAUGAUGGAAAACAAAAAAUAAAGAAAGCAAAAAGAGAAGGAAAAGGAAGUGACCCUUUAAAAAAUGGACCAGCUCAUGCAAAAUGAUGCAGCUUUGGCCAAUAUUUGGGACCACUGUAUGCGACUAGGGGGGUUGUAAUUAUUGAAGAAUAAUUAUGAUCAAAUCUAGUUGAUUACUCGUUAGGAAUGGGAUGAUAAAUUCAAAAAGGUUUUUUUUCUCAUUGUGCUAGUUAGUUUACAAAAAGGAAUUUUGUUUGUAGCUGAAUUUAGUUGAAAUGAGGGAUAAAAGGAGCUUUUAGCGCUAGCUGUUUAUAUCUGUUAUUUGUGCAUAUAGCUGGCACUACCAUUACUUUAAAACAAAAGAAAUGAAGGAAUAAUUCAUUUGAUUGGAAAUCUAACUUUCCA